AUGAGUCCUGAUCCAAAGAAACCAAAACUUCAAAAAAAACUAAUCAUCAACGCGUUCAAUCCAGGUUCUGCUCAAAGAUGGAGAGUUGAUCAUGAUCAAUCAUCAAGAUUCACAAAUGAUGUUGAUGCAUGGAUUGAAUAUGCUCAGAAAGCUGAAGAAGGUAAAUUACAUGCUAUAUUCGUUGCUGAUCAUCUUGUAGCAUUUGAUGAAUUUGAAGGACCUCAUAAUUUUAAACAUCCUGCAAAAGCUGGUCUUUCAUUUCCAAGAAUUGAUCCUUCAUCAUGGGUACCUGCAGCAGCUGCCAAUACACAAAGUAUUGGGUUUGGUAUUACUUUUAGUACCGUGAGUGAACAUCCAUAUUUGUUUCAUAGACGUAUUGCUUCAUUAGAUCAUGUUACAAAAGGUAGAAUUGGUUGGAAUAUCGUUAGUUCAUAUUUGAAUAGUAUUGGUAGAAAUUUGUUGAAUGGUGAACCAUUCCCAGAACAUGAUGAAAGAUAUGUCAAGACUGAAGAAUAUUUAGAUGUUGUUUAUGGAUUAUUGUUAAGUAGUUGGAGAGAUGAUGCCUUGGUUAAAGAUGUUGAAAAUGCUACAUUUGUUAAUCCAGAUGCAGUUAGAGAGAUUAAUCAUGAAGGUAAAUAUUUUAAAGUUGCAGGUCCUGCUAUUGUGGAACCAUCAAGACAAAGAUUCCCAUUAAUCAUCCAAGCAGGUACAUCCAAGAAAGGUAAAGAGUUAGGGGCCGCUAAUGCAGAAGUUGUUUAUCUUGAUGAUCGUGAUAAACCUCAUUUGAAAGAAAAAAUUGAAGCAAUUAAAACCAUUGCAGUGGAAAAAUUUGGAAGAUCAAGAGAUUCAAUCAAAUUUUUAAUUGCAUCAAUUCCAAUCAUUGGUAAAACUCAUGAAGAUGCUGAACGUAAAUUGAAAGAAUUGACAGAAGCUGGUAUCCCACUUUCUGCAGAAAUUGGAUUUAGUGGUAUUUCAGGUAUUGAUUUAAGUAAAUUUGAAUUAGAUGAUGAAGUUCCAAUUGGACCAGCUAAUAAUAAUUUGAGAACAACAGUGGAAGGUAUAACAAGACAAAAAAAACCUGGUAAAGCAUUAACCAAGAGAGAAAUAAUUGAAAAUUAUAGAGCAAGAAGUGGAUCAUUAUUUGGUUCAUAUAUCGAAGUUGCAGAUGAAAUUGAAAGAUGGGUUAGAGAUUAUGAUAUUGAUGGAUUGAAUUUAGGAUCUCAUACUUUCCCACAAGGUAUUAAUGAUAUUGUUGAUUUGUUGAUUCCUGAAUUACAAAAAAGAGGAUUGUUCCAUUUGGAUUAUGAAGUUCCAGGUGGUACACUUAGAGAAAAUUUGAAUGGUGAGAAGGGUAAAACUUUCUUAUCAGAAGAUCAUCCAGCUUAUGGAUUAAGAUGGGAAGCUGGUGUGUCUCAAGAAGAUUUUGAGAAGAAACUUUCAGAAAUUAAAAAGAAGACAAAGGAAAUCAGAGAAUCUUUAUGA